AUGUCGACCCAGAAAGUGCUGUCGUCGGAGAAAUGCGCGGCGUGGGCGCAGGAGAGGCGUCCGUUCACGCGCCCGAUCGACAUCCCGUCGGUCUCGGGCGCGCCGGACGAGCGGCGAGGGGGCGCCGACGAGGAGGAGGACGGCGAGCGCUCGCCGCCGCACGUGCUGAUGGCGCGGCGCAGGGAGGCCUUCUCGGUGUGCUCCGGGCAGGGGCGGACGCUCAAGGGCCGGGACCUCACGCGGAUGCGCGACUCCGUCCUCCGCAUGACCGGAUUCAUCGAGGGCUAAUGGCGGACGCGCGCGCCGGGCUGCACUGCCGCUGCCACGGCCUGCACGUCGGUUCAUCCAGUUCGUUUGUGGAG